CCUCGUCAGUCUUGCAGUCGCAAUCGUUCGCUCCGCAGUCGUGUAAUCGCGCGCUCUCUCCUUCCUGUCCGUCCGCCGAAUCCGGUUUUUUCCACCGAGAUACCGCGGACAAGUUGCCCCGAGGGGGAACCCAACCUGCACAGUGGCAACUACAAACGGCUAGUGACUCAAACCAAACUAAUCAACAAAAACCAACAGCAUUCAGCCAAACACGGAAGUAAGAAAUCGCAGAAAACCCUUACCGCAGCAACAACGAAACAGUUGAAAAAAAAAUCAUCAACAAAACAAAAGUGUUUCCAGCUUUGAAAAGUCCGACGGCGCGCGAUCGCGCACCUUUAGCAAGCAUAAUCAGCAAAACAACAACAACGCCAGCAACGCCAACGUGUGUGGACUUGGUGAAGUGGCAGAUAGAAAGUGAAACCUCCCUCAAGUGUAUUCAAUCUUAUGAGAGAGGGAGAAGUCAUCAACAAUUCAACCAAGAUCUUUUCACGCCGAGGUCGUCACCUAAACUUCUAAACAAAGUGAAUGUAACCGGGGAGGUGUGCAGUGCUGACAGCUGUGCAGUGCAAUCAACCAACCAAGAAGAAACGAAACGAUUUAAAGUCAAGUGUGCGGCGAUUUCGACAAGCGAGAAAAAGAAAAUCGAAUCAGCAUAAAUUAGCGUCGGUCGUAGCAACCCGUUGUAGCGUCGCAUCAUCAAGCCACUGACAGUUGGCAACAACGGUUGCUGCGCAACGUCGCAACGCAACAUCGCGCCGCGAUGUCACACUAGGCGUUGCAUGCUCAGUAAAUACCUAAAUAAGCGUGUUGCCAAGUUUGGCGGGCUUUUGUUUUGAAACGCGUGUUGUUGAUCCGCGAGGUUUGCGAAAGAAAACACCGAAAGAGAAAUGGAUUCAACGGCCUCGAUGAUGGCACAAACACUGCCGCACAGGCUAACCUCCAUACAGAUAAGCGCCGAAACAACGGUUUACGCGAGCUUGGACUCGAGUCUGGCCGCGCUGCAGAAGCGGCAGCACGUGGAGGAGGUCGAUGCGGGUAGCGGUACCCAUCACAGUCUCCCCCCAGCCGUUGAGUUGUUGCGCUCUACGACGGGUUCGGUCUCGGAAAAAGUGGUUUUGCCGGAGAAAGAAGAAAGAGAGUCGUCGGUUGAGGUGAGCUCACACCAAGACCAGCAAGCAGACUCGUUGGUCGUGGUAGACGCAUCCAGAUCAUCUGGAGUUGGUGCCGUUGCCCUUGCUGUCGGCGCUGGUAGCUGCAGUUCGCUGGAGACCGUCCAGGAGAAACCAUCGUCACCGGUGUUCACCGACCAGGAGUCGCACGUCGUACGCAUCCAGAUCGUUCAGAAGGAGGAGGGAGAGCAGGAGAAGAUUAGCAGUGCGUUACAGAGCGUUACGCCCGGGACGGCAGUGAUUAGUGUCAAUCAGAACGUCUGCGGGGGUGUUCAGAACCAGUGCAAGGCCAAGGUUUCGAUAGUGUCGUUUGGACCGCCCGAAGAUCCGCGCGAGACGCCGUCGCUCAGUCCUACGCCCUCGGUCGAGAUGGUUCAGAAGCAGGCGAGUCCCUCGUCGACUCCGACCUCGGACGUCAACGGCGGUGGCGGAACGUACCUGUACUACAUGAUGUCCUCUGGCCAGUGCUCCCCAAGUGACACGCUGGACUCGGGCACGUGCAGUGACAUCGAGGUGACCCCACCCCCACUCCCCAAAAAGAUGUCCAAAUCGCCGCAACCUGCCGCGGCGGCUUCCCUUAUGAUGAUAAGCUCGCCAAGCCCGGUGCCGCCGUCCGCUGUCGUCCCAGCUGAUAAGCCGCUCGGAUAUCAGCGUCACCAGCGGGCUGGCAGUAGCAGCUACACCAGCACCAGCGACAGUGACGAGUCCGAGUCCAGUCUCAGCUGCGACUCCCUCAAUUUCACCCAACUCUGCGGCAACGUAACCUCACUAACCCUGUCCCCAAACCCGCAAACCCCGGAACCACUCCCCACAUCCCGUCCCCUCUCCCAAACGCCCUCAAGUGACCAUCGCGAUGCGGAAGGCUCCCCCCUUCCGCCAACCCCACCCCCAAUGUCCUCCACCCUCGCCGCGGCCAAAAAACAGAAAAUAGUCUCCAUCCUGCCCGACUCCCUCCUCAAGGACAUCCGCGAACGUUCCGCGUCCGGCCGCGCCGCCGCCCAAAUCGCCGCCGCCGCGAGUGAAGUGACCCCGCCCCGCGAAGACAUCACCACCACAACUCGAUCCAUCCUCAUGGAAAAGAUCAACAGUUUAAACAGCGUUGCCGAUGGCAACACUGCCGCCAAUUUGACAGCCGCCGCCAACAACAACAACAAAUCGCUCAGUUUCGAAAAUGACAAGUUUUACAAGUUUCACAUCAACGAACACUCGAAUCUGCAGGAACGGAACGUCGGCGGAGCCGCCGUCAACGGGUUCGGGAGCCCGAGCUGCGGCGGGGCCUCGUCCGUGGUGGAUGAUGACGAGAGCUUUGCCGGCUUUCGGGAUCUGACCAGUGGGACGUCGACGAUCCGGAGCAACAAGGGGACGGUGCGUGGGGUGAAGAACCGGGUGCGCAACGGGAUUGCGACCUUUCUGCAGAUGCAGCAGGCGAAUUUGAAGAACUACAAGGAAAAGGACGGCGGCAAGGUGGUGGUGUACACGACCAGCAUGGGCAUCGUCCGGGAGACGUACACCAAGUGUGCGAACGUGAAGCAGAUCCUGCGGACGCUGCUCGUCAAGUUCGAGGAGCGGGACGUGUUCAUGAGCAGCGACUACCAGCAGGAGAUCAAGGACCGGAUGCAGAGCGAGCUGAUCCAGGUGCCGCAGGUCUUCGUGGACGGGCAGCACGUGGGGGACGCCGAAUGCAUCGAACGACUGAACGAGAGUGGCGAGCUGCGCAAGAUGUUGAAACCAUACAAAUGCCUGGAAUCGUCCUUUACGUGCAAAACCUGCGGCGGCUACCGCCUUCUGCCCUGCCCGUCCUGCGGUGGCUCGAAAAAGUCCAUCCACCGGAACCACUUCACGGCCGAGUUUAUCGCGCUCAAGUGCAUGAACUGCGACGAAGUAGGCCUGGUCAAGUGUCACAACUGCUGAGAGGGAUAGUGGGUGGAGAACCAGCCUACUACUACUGCUUGUUUGGAUUUGUGUUUUUGUGCGAAAAUGUGUGCGUGAGAGAAUGCGAAAAACGCGUGAAUGUGUUAUGAUGGAAAUUGUGGAAAGAGAACAAUGGAUGCCCCGUUUAGAGAGAAAAGACGAUACCAACACAAUCAAAACAUUUCGAUGAACCUUUGCAAUACUAGUUCGAUAAGCUAUGAUAACGUUAAAAUGUAGUAGUUGUGAUAACUCUUCUUUUUCAGUUCUUAGAGCGCGCACGAAAGUUUAAUCACACUUUAAACUCUAGUAGAUUCAAUUAGCUGUAACAUUAUACGAUAAAUCCCGUACUAUUUGCUCACAUACACACACAUACAAUCAUAAUACGCUAUACUGCUCGUUAUUUGUUGUUAAGAAAGUUGUUUCACAUAUCGUUACUUUUUAUUAGAAUUGUGAACCAGAAUCGACUACUGCCCCUUCCCCCAUGAUUCAAUCCUCAUUCAUUCGUUAAUAUUUAUAUCUAUCCUGAAAAAUUAUCACUAAACCAACUUAGUCGUAAAUAGACCACAAAAAUAACAACAAAUUUUAUUUUUUUAAACUUUUUUGAAACCCACAAAUUAAAGUUUGAUCCAGCAUUUUGCGAAAAAAGAAGUUCAACAGGCGUUCAAGUGAGAGGUUGUAAAUAAAGGCAAGAAAAUCAACUAAAUUAACUAAAUCAUUCAGAAAAUAUUUUUUGAAACGGCGACGCGAUGGUUUCAGCAAAAAAAACUAAGCAUGCUUUCGAAGAAAUAAAGGGUAAACAUUUGGGUAGAGAGCUGCUUUCUUUGCGUGCGGAUUUUUUUUUAAAUGGAAAAAUGCCAGAAAUUGUCGCUCACGAAAUGCAGAGUUAGUAAAGUAUUAAAGCAAUGUAGUAAUUU